GGGGGCCCACGGGCAGAGGGAUACACAAACAAAAACUACCCCAAAUCAUCAAUUAAUUUUUCAUCAAGGCUUAUCAAGUAUUCAAGCAGGAGACUAGGAUUCGAGGAGAAAGUGAGAGAGAAAUGUAGAAGAUUCACUCCUCGAUCACUUUGGCUGCUUGGUGUUUAGUCUGUUGAUCUCAUUCUCUGAUACCACCGUGUAAACAGUGACCAUCGACAGUUGUCCACAUUGACGCCCAUAAUGGCUCAUCGAUGUUGCUUGUCAAUAUAUGAUCAUGAGACAUCCGGUCAAUAUUAUUGUUGGCGUUUAUCAGCUGUAUCUACACACUUUCUUCUUUUCGUGUCACUUAGUCCGCCAUUGCUUCUGCCAAGUCGGAAAUAGAAUUCAUGUGGUGCUUCAACAAACUUGAAUCGACGAAUAGAAUGUCCUUCCUGUUGUGAUGCUUCUUGAGGACAUCGUGAAGGAUCACACUGUCGGACUUAAUUCUAUUUCUAUUGUUUAGUCCAUGAGAGGAGAUCGAUAGGAUUUAUGUAUACGACUUCUUCUUUUCGAGAACAAUAUCGUAUGACCUAGGCUGCUAAAAACAACUUCUCACCGCAGAAACAAUAUACUUUUCCAAUUUCCAGACGUUGAGACUAUUUCUAUUCUGCUAUAUAUUUAUCUUGAACUAGAGGAAUAUGCCACUCAGUGAUGGAUGACGAUUAUUAAGACUUUCACCCAUUCGCAAGAUAAUCCUUUCACGAAGAAAGAGCGAAGUGCAUUCUUGAAAACUAAAGAUUCAACUCCGAGCAACUAAGACGGGUGCUGAGAGUCGGACGCUUUCAGUUCUGCUAAACAAUCACCACGUAAUGCUAUUCUUUGCAUCGAUUAUUUUGAACAUUAAGGGAAAUUGAAAGAAAUAAGUUUUUGGGUGUUGUAUGUCACUGGCGUAUAAAGCUCUCGGACAGCCACCACCGUUAGUAUUAGAACUUUAACAUUGACUACUACCAUCAAAACUACUUGAUGAAAUGGAAUCGGAGGACACUCGGAUCGAUUGUUGUGAGGAGCGUGGCACUGGCUCCUUCACAAACGCCCUUCACGAGAACCCAUACCUGACCAUAGUGAUUCUAGUAGCCGGAGUAGCCGGGGGUCUGGCAUUGGUAAUCGCUGUCAUCUUCUUCUGCAAAUACUGCGUCAAAGGCAAGAGAGGUCUCAACAGAACACCAGCGUUUUUUAAUCGUCUCCCCUCCGAGGUGGAAGCUGAGAGAGCAAGAAGGAGAAGACUGAUUUUAGAAGCAGCAGCACAGAGCAGAACAGAGCAAAAAGCUUUCAUCACGGUCGAUGGAUCACCCGAUAGGUUACUCCGUGAAGAUGGAGCGGCUAACGGAGACGGUGAAACAUCUGAAAAACUCGUCGAAGAUGAAGGAGAAAAUCGUUGGAGCCCACCAGCUUACAUACCCCCUACCUGUACCCUUGGUGAGAUUACAGAGUGCGAUAGUGAGAAUCUAGAGGGUAUGGAAACACCCCGUACACCAUGCUCGAAUCAUACAUCGAGGAGUAGAGAAGUUUCCUUCUCAAUCUCAGACAGAGAUAACAGAUAUUGCGAUCAUAACGGUGACGUAUCGGACAACGCUCAGGUUGUGAUCAGACGUCACGGUGACGUCAGUCCUUUGCAUCCACCUCCCGUCGAUGAGUUUGAGCGUGUAGGUCGAUACCGAGGAAAGUCACCUAGGACUAUGCUCAAUCCAGGAGAGGUUGUCAAGAGCGAAGGAACCAAGACGGGUGACUCCCUUACAGUUCAUGUCCAAGUCCAUAACCAUCCUGUCAAUGAUCAUGCAGCCAAAUCACCCGAUUUCAAGAACAGCAAAGGUGACGUCAGCCAAAUACGACAUAUUGAUGAAAGGCAGAGGAGCCCUAUCAGGGAGGGUGGAGGAAAGAGAGAACGCGACAGAAGCGCAGAUGACAAAGUGCCUAUCAAGGGAGAUCGUUCACCGUCUCGAACGAGACGAAAAGACACACCGGAUACUGAAAGACAUCCGCACCCUCCUCCUGAGCGAAAGGAACCCACCAUGCACGGUCCAAGGGAAGAUGGUAAGAACCAGACCGUGCGAGCGAGUGAAUACAAGGACCUUUGGCAGCUGAGGUCAACGCUCGAGAUGCAGCAUUCGUCUGAAGAAUCAGGAUCGUCUGAGUAUGAUCCAACUGUGAUAGGAGCGACCGUGGAAGAAAAUAUGCUACCUCCUCUCCUGCGGAGUCCAACUCUGGAGGAAGAGAGUAGUGGACAGGAGAAGAGUGAUGGGAAGAGUGGUAUUGAUGAUAGCUUUGAGCAAGCUGUGAGUAGUAUUAGCGCGGAGGAGUCGGACAUAUCUGAGCGAGAUCGGGACAGUGGUGGUUCGGGGAAAGAUGGUCCGAGGAAUCUUCGCAGAAUGCAUGGUGACAGCGGCUAUGCAUCCAUUGAACAAAAGACAGAGACUGAAUGGAAACGACGUCAAAUGUUCGCAGCCAGUGAUCACGAAAGCACGAGCUUUGAAAGUGCACAGACCUUUACCAUGUCAAGUGAUAGUAGUAGUCCGACAGUAGACAAGCCUGUGGUGAAUGCUGUCGUAGGGCGAGCAAGUGAAGACAGCAAGCCCAUGACACGUAAUAGAGGUGAUCGCCGUACUGCGUCAACCAAACGACGAGAAUUUGUAGCCGGUAGAGAGGAAGCUAUAUUUGGCAGUUUCAGCUUUCCUGAAGAAGAAACUGAAACGUCUGGAACUGAAUCCACUGUUACAACUGGGAAAGAGAGUGAUCAAACGUUAAACGAGAGACGAGGGGCGCUGCGUGAGAGGAAAAUCCGUCGUACAAGUCCUCUAGCUAGAUCAAGAGAGGAUGGACUAAGUUGUUACCCUAAAGGUAGAGAUUAUAGUAUAGAUGAGAAAACUGAUGCCUUGUUCAAAGAGUUUAUAAAACAAGAUGUUCUCUUUGAUACCAAUUCUAGAAGAUCUCGUCCAUAUAGAAGCCAUAGAUUACAGCUUCAUAAUAAGCAGCAUAGUGAUUCUAUGUUAGAAUAUCCCACCAAGGUGUUAUGUAGCCAAGGGGGUAAUGAGCCUAGGAGUAUCAGUUUCGAUUCACGAACCUGUGGUGAAAGCUCCGCUAAAGAACGGCUGACUACUCUCUUGCCUGGUACCGGUAGAACAAAGUCUCUUAUAUCCCAGGAUAGCAUUGAAGAAGAAUAUUUGCGACAGGAAAGGAAGAAGGCCUAUAGUACAGAGGGAUCACCCGAGUCGAAAUCUUCACGGGAACCUUCCCGUGAGGCGUCCCGGGAAGCAUCGAGGGAAGCAUCACGUGAGCCUUCUCGUGAACCCUCUAGAGAACCAUCACCAACAGGUGAUCCCAAAUCCCAUGCGACCACGCCUUUCAAACAUUAUGAUCGACCUGAAAAGACUCCUUCACACGACCUGCCUCCUAGGUUAGAAGACGUCAAGAACAGAAGAAGCGCUUUCCGGUUAGUUAAGAGGUCGCCCCAGAUUCGACGAGCGGGAGCGGCUUCUUUCCAUGAUGGUGCUGUCACUGCCUACAGUGCUGAUACAUGCGAGAUCGAUGAUGAGAUAAGACGUACGAGAAGAGAAAGCAUUCCUUCCAGGCAUUCGUUAGAUCUUAGAGAUCUACGAGACAGACAAACCCUCGAACCACCAACCAUCCUUGUAGGAGGAUACGAAACACCAGAUGAUCAACAACACACACCAGAAAGGGAUGAUAGAUUACCAGCACGGCCAAAGGAUCCCUUACCAGUUUCCCCUGGUAGAAGACCUCCGCCUGAGGAUUUUGCUCGACCGGCUCGAUCAGAAGAACGGUCACGUAGCCCUCGAAGCAGAAGGCAUCAACGAUUCUAUGAUCCCAGUCCGAACAGAGGAGAAUCACCAGGAAGAGCUGUGUCGCCUGGUCGUGGGUCAAUUAACGCUCACUAUAGGGCUUCUAAAUCACCAACAAGGCCUCGGCGAAGUAUGGAGAGUCUUAGUAUGGACAGAGGGGAUCGAGGUUACCACGACUCACUGGACGGAAGGAGAGAUUUUCUGCAAGUGCCUGGAAACCGGGGAACGGGAAGAUCUGCUAGUUCUUCUCCUCGACAUCGGCUCAAGAAGCACGACACAUUUGGAGGUGUUAGUCGACCAUUCAGCGAGGAGUGUCUCUUGCGAAGUGAUGAACCAAUUCGUGACCAUCCAGAAUAUCAACAAACCUUUCACCAAGGCAGGUAUGUACGACCUAUAGAUUUCGAGAAGUUAGAGAAGAGGCAUCAGAAACCCCAUUCCAAACAAGCAGAGAAGAUCCUUCGAUUCGAAACAAGGUCUGGUUCCGAAACAGCUCUACUUGAUUGCAGGGAAGAGCGUAGCAAGAGGGAGGCACGUAGGUCACCGGUGAGGGCGCAUAGCGACCAAGAUGUCCUGUCUGAUUGGAGAAGGAAUGGGGAGCACAAAGCUAGAUCACCGGAGAAAUUUUGAUAAAGGUUGAAUAUUUUGCCCCCUUUUUUAAAAUGAUUUCCUCAAGUUUCUUUGCAGCUUGCUUAUAUUUUAUUUUUGAAUUAUGCAAUUCCGAAUGUGCUUUGCUUUGCCCACAUUUAUCAAAUUCUAUGGAUUUUUUUUUAUAUUACAACCUACAGUGCGUGUAGAAUUGUACCCUUUUAACAAAAACGAAGUUUGUUAUAAUAAAGGGGUAAUCAAAUUGUAAUUUACUGUUUUAGCACAGUAUAUGAAGUCAGGUUAGCUUUAUGAAUCGUACACAUCGUACAAAUCAAGUUGUAUUAAAAACAGAACAAAUUCUUUUGAUAGCCAUUCGUUUUUCUAUCAAACAUAUUACACACCACGUACAUUUGUACCGUCUGACUAAAAUGUGAAAUCUGAUUUCAUUUCCCUCUGAGGUAAAUGCACCACAAAACAUGUACUUGGUUAUCAUAAAGAGUAGGAAUAGUCAUUUGUCAAAGAACGUUCCAUAAUUUAUUGAUGGAAUUUAUAUGCAGUUAGUAGCCCUGCUAAAGGUCAGACCAGACUAAUUUUAUGUUCAUGUAUGUUCACAAUACAUGGUAAUAUGUGGGACACUGAAAUGAUCAUAAACCUUGCCUUGCCCUUUAUAACCUUUAUAAUGACAUGUGUUUCUCAUAAAUUUUAAUCAGGUGACAAUGCAAGAUGCAACGGAAACAUGGCUACCUCAGUAUAUGCAUUCUGUCAGUUUAAGGUGAACUGACUAGUUACCAUCUUUAACAUAGCAAAGUUUGCCAGUGACAGUGUUGACUUUAGAAUGAUAGAAAUUCUUUGAUAAGGCAGACCGAUAUGAGGUAGCAGUUUGUUCGUUCAUUUACAUUUUAUAACGCUUUAUUCCAAUCCUUCACCCCCCCCCCCCCCAUGAAAUAUAUUUUUUUUUAUCCUUGCCAUAAGCUCACAAUUUAUAACCGUUAUAAUGUUGCACCACUACUACCAACAAGCUAGUAGUCUCCUUGCUACUACAUUGUACUGAGACAGUGGUGUUUCUAACAUUGGGUUAUGGACCGGGCUAACCCUCAUUUCGCCCUACCCCACGCACACUUUCAUGUGAGCAUGACAAACUACUUUAAAAUACCCGUAUAGAAAAUACAUGUAUUUGAGGAAAAAUGGGCUAAACUCUUUCAAAAUACUUGGAAGCAAGCUGGCAAACCCACUAUCUUAUAGCGCUGGAGUGCUUGCCAAAUUGAAGCCCAAAUAUGUUUCAACCCGUAUUUAAUCUAUGCCUUGAUACUACAAGUUGAAUGAAAUGAAUGAUGCGUGCUAAUAUUAAACAAAACCACAUCAAAGGCUAGACGAACCGCUGCGGUAAUCUGCGUCAAUUGUUGACGCAGUAAACCGCAGCGGUUCGUCGCGGCAUAUUGUAUGAACGAUGCUUAACGUGACAUAUUACAUGUUAUUAUCUAAUUAAUUUUGACAAAAUAUUACAAAAUAGAACGCUUAUUUCAAAUUGAAAACUUCAUUCAUGACUAAAUACUUUGGGUUUAACAAAACUAUCAUCAGACGCGUCAGGCAAAUGUGUCUAGGCCAUUUAUAUCUAUAAAUGUUAACUUUGUCUAAAUUGGGAGCCGUAUAUGCUGAUUCAUCAGUCCUUGCUUGCGAUGUAUUGUCUGUGAUGUUGUGACAGUUAGCAUGCAACGGAUUAAUCAACCUUAAGAAGAGAAAAGUCUGUCGUGCCUUACAUAUUACAUUUUUGUUUCAAAUUCAAGACAAAUGUCAAAGCCUGCAAAGCGCUAAAAGGUAAAAGAGAGGUCGCUAUCUACCUUGAAAGCUAGUAUUAUGAAGAUGUCAAAACUCCCGCGUAAAAAUGUCGUUCCUUUAUUCAUUUAAGGUGCUCUAUAUGGCAUCUAUUAGUUCAGUAGUCCAUUUUAUGCAUGAUCUGUCUAAGCUUUUUCAUGAAUACAUUAAAUGUAAUAAAACUCUGUGCCCUCACCGCGUAAAGAUGAUAUCAACACGAUUAUGCAAUCAUUGUAUUUCGACUUCUCUUGUCAAGUUUUGAAACAUUUAUUUCUGUUUUUGUAUGACAUUCCGAGACAAAGUAUGUAACAAUUUAGAUAAGAGAUGAACAUCUUGGCUGCCUAUAUGUGUAUAUAACGUUACAAGAAAUAUUUUUGUACAUACUAUACAAAUACAUUUUCAAUAGGAUUUAGAUUGUAGAUGAAGAUUAUAAUAAAUGAUUGUUGAUGACUUGCACAACUCCUAAUGCUAUUGAAUGCAAUCACCAUGCAAUAGAACUAUGAUUGUAAAAUAGAUAUAUGAUACAACCUAAAUGAAAUGCGUAAAUAAUGUAAAAGUAGUUAUUAAGAACGUACAAUGUAGAUAAUUACUUGAAUUGGAAAAGCCUUCGAAUGAGAUUUUAAAGCAUGCAAGAUAAUGACACAUGUCACAUUGGAACAACGAAUAAAAUGAAAUUGAAUAUAUUGUUUAAAUAUUAUGUCUUACUU